ACUGCUCUUUAUUCACAACCGCUCACUACACCGUCCUAAGCAUAUCCUUCUCGUUCAGUGAUCUAUUUCGGGAGUCUGGUACGAUAUAAUACGCGUAAAACGCGUCGUUACAACUAACUACGCGUCCGAGUCGGCAUACGCUAUGCCUCCACCUAAGGAAAUUGUGGAAUGGCUCAAUCAACGAUACCCAAAGCCUAAAGUAGACCCAGAUUGGUUGGAAGGCUGCUACUCAUGGAUCGAGGAGACUCAUGAGCUGGAUCCUGCUACUCAAAUGGACGCUAUUAUAGGUCACGUAACUGCCCAACUACUCUCUUCAGACUUCGCAGAUUCCAUGCGACCCAAGACAGGCCUUACGUCAAAUAUACACGCAUUGAAGAAGUGCACCAUGAAGGGCCCACCUAUCCUACUCGAGCUGGUCUCCCUGACGGAGAUUGCACACAGCGCCUUCAACCUCAUGAAUGUCAGGCAAACCAGAAUUGACAGAGAGGACCUCGCUGGAUUAGGGGAAGACAUUGAUGACCAGGGAAACAUGGAUGAAGACGAGGGGCCUGUCCCGAGGUAUCCCAGAGGCAUGCUGAAGAUGGAGUUGAGCGACGGAUUUACAACCCUAAACGCUAUUGAGUAUCGCCGGAUACCUGACUUGGAGCUUGGUGUCACCCCCUUGGGAUGUAAGGUCCAGAUACAUAACGUUGACAUUCGAAACGGUGUUGCGCUGCUAGAACCGAAGAACUUUACAAUCCUUGGUUAUCAGACAGAAGAUCGCGUAGCUCAGCAAGAUGCCGACUUCGUUAGAAGCCUGAAGAGAAGAUUGCAGCUACCGGAAGAUGAACCUGCAGCACCUGGUGAAGCUCCGCCAGCUCCUCCCCCAGGCCCACCUCCCGCUCCCGCUCCCAUGCCAGCACAUCCCCGAGCACCUUCUGAAGCACCCGUGCUUGCUCAAUCACUGCGGCAACCACGAAUUCGAUCGCCUCCGCGUGAAGCCAGCGCCCCAUUAGAGCCAGGACCUUCUCAUGCCCCCCAUGUCGAUGAAGAACAACGUCGACGCCGAAAAGUACCUGCAAGGAGCCCGUCUCCUCUACUUCCACCACCUCCAGCACAAGCCAGACAAACCCAUUCACGAUUCUUCCACGGCUCUGGAGCGGGAUCUAACCACGGAGCACAAGAUAAUUCUGAUGACCUGGCGGAGUAUUUGCGUCUGUCACCACAUCGAGAGUCCUCACGUCUCGUCAACAGUUCCGGCGACGAGAUUGAGGAUUGGCAAAUAGCGGAGCGAUCCACUAGGCCACGACGACCCGCUGCAUCUAAGACUGCGAGGACUACUGAGAAGCAAGCACAACUAGCUGCUAAUAAUCAAGCUGAGAGCGAUACAGACGUAGAUAUGGCGGUCCCGACAGACGGAAGCUCUGAGUUUGAUUUUGACGACGUCGGUGGGGCGUCGUUCUUCGCCGAAGUUGACAAGGUUGAAAAAGCAGCCUUGAGCCAGUAUGCCGGUUCACAAGACAGAACGCAGGUUGGCACGCAGGUCAAGAUCGAGCAAACGCAGGCAGCCAGAUCUACUACGGGCGUGACGAAUACGAAUUUCUCGACCUUUGAUACCGCAACGCUGGUUGGAGGAAGCUCGCAAAGUGCACCCGGACGAGGCUCUAGUUCCUCUGGUGGAAGUCGGAACCCUCCUUCGUCAUCUUCUCGAGGAAGAGGGAGCUCUGUUCCCGUCGAUGGUAGCAGUCGAUCGCAAUAUGCAAGAGUAAACCUUGGUGUGAUCGACUUGCUUGACGACGAUGAAGAAGAUAGGGAGAAGGAGAACAUACCUGCGCAAAGUAAGUAUGUUAGGAGACGAACGGCCACGCCUGCUGCCGCCGUAUAUGACGUUAUUGAGAUCUCCGACUGAACGUCCAACUUUGCAAUGUCCCUUCCCUGUGUCAAUACGUUCACACGGAGGAACCUUGCGAUUCGUCUAAUAUUUAUACGUACGAAUAAACAGCAAAAAUACACGACAAAAUACAUUGCACAAACUUCUGGACAGGAAAGCAAGUCAGGUAGAAGGAAAACGGCAUGUCGAAUGUUGGUUCACCUAUAACGGUAUCUUGACUAAGUGCGUCAAUCCUUCACCCAAGUAUAGCGACCUUUGCCUUCUUUUUCUUUUUGCCACCACUUGCGAAUGACCGCCAACUACCAACACGUUGUUCGCGGUUUUCUAAAGACAGAAGAUGUCAAUGAUUGAUUAAUGAAUGUAGAGUAUGCCGGAACGCACCCUCCCAGUUCACUUCUUCUUCUGCUUUGCGUUUCUUCGCGAGUUGCUCUUCCUCCUUCUUCCUUGCCUCGAGGCCCUCAUUAGCUAGAUUCAUCUUGACGGCUCUAUACCGAUAUGUCAGAUAUCAUAUAACAAUGUCCUGUAAGAAUUACUGACUUCCGUCUCCGA